UCGUUGGCGCUUGAUAAACACACGCUGUGAGAAAAUGCGUUUGAAGCAUGUCAGAACGUUGAUGCCUCCAAACGACGGAGCCUUCCGAGUGAUGGCAAUGGCGUUCACUCCUAACAACGUGAAACUGGCCGUCGCGACCACGGACAGGGUCAUUCAUUUCUUUGACGAGAACGGAGAAAAGAGAGACAAGUUCUCAACCAAGCCAGCAGAGAAAGAAUAUGGCAGGAACAGUUAUCAAGUGACCUCCUUGGCAUUUAGUCCUGAUUCUACCGUAAUGGCAGUCGGACAGACCGACAACAUCGUGUAUCUCUACAAAGUGGGAGAAGGCUGGAAUGACAAGAAAUCUAUAAUCAACAAGUUGUAUCAAGACAGUGCUGUAACGUGCCUUUUAUGGCCAGUACAGCAGCCGGCACUCAUAAUUGGUCUGGCAGAUGGCAAGGUUCGAACUACAAGUGUGAAAGCAAAGCGAACACACACACUAUACAGUACAGAUCAAUACGUGUGCUCAUUAGCAGCUAGUCCAAAUGGCAAGGGCAUAAUCUCUGGUCACGCUGACAAUUCUAUUGUUCGUUACUUCUUUGAUGACGAAGGAACAGGAGCAAUUCAGGGUCAGAUUGCUAAGCAUAGCUGUGAACCUUAUGCGUUAUGUUGGGGCUCGAGCAUUAUUGCUGCUGGUUGUGAUCGCAAAGUGAUAGUGUAUGGAGAUGAUGGGAAGAUAGUGCAACAGUUUGAUUACAGCCGAGAGGGUGAUGAGAAAGAUUUCAUGUGUGCGGUUGCUAGUCCGACAGGCCAGUCAGUGGUAAUUGGCAGUUUCAACAGACUUAGAAUGUACAAUUAUAGUCCAAGACGUGGUGUGUGGGAUGAAGCAAUGAAGAAAGAUAUUGCAAAUCUUUACUCUGUUACAGCAUUAUCUUGGAAACGAGAUGGAUCACGAGUAGCAGCUGGUGCUCUAUGUGGGAAUGUCGAGCUGUUUGACUGUGCUCUCAAGCGAAGUGUUUACCAAAACAAAUUUGAGAUGACAUACGUUGGUCUCAGUCAAGUGAUUGUCAAGAACUUGACUACAGGAACAAGAAUCAAUCUGAGAUCACACUAUGGCUAUGAGAUCGAUGAGGUAAAGAUAAUGGGGAAGGACAGAUACCUGGUUGCAUUCACAACAGACACUUUAUUGCUUGGAGAUCUGGUGUCGUGUAAGCUAAGCGAGGUUGCGUGGUCCACCUCAGGAGGCAACGAGAAGUUCUUUUUCGAGAAUGAGAAUGUGUGUAUGGUUUUCAACGCUGGUGAAUUGUCUAUCAUUGAGUACGGUUUAAGUGACAUACUCGGAUCUGUGAGAACAGAAAACAUGAAUCCACAUCAAAUAAGUAUUCGUAUCAAUGAAAGGAAGCAGCGUGACAGUGAAGACAACAAGAAACUGGCUUACUUGAUUGAUCUCAAGACUGCAGCGAUUGUGGAUCUUAUGUUUGGUACAACCAUCGGAAUUGUGAAUCAUGAUGUGAAGAUUGAUUGGUUGGAGUUAAACGAAACUGGAAGAAAACUUUUGUUUAGAGACAAACAGCUGAAGCUCCAUCUUUAUGACAUUGCAACAGAAUUGAAGACAACCAUUCUUAACUACUGUACGUACGUUCAGUGGGUUCCUUUGAGUGACGUAGUUGUCGCACAGAGUCGCGGCCAACUUUGUAUUUGGUACAACAUCGACGCUCCAGACCAAGUCACCAUGUUUCCCAUGAAAGGCGACAUUUUGGACAUCGAGAGAACAAACGGACGGACAGACGUGAUGGUCAAUGAAGGCGUUGGGACCGUAAAUUACACACUUGAUGAAGGCUUGAUUGAGUUCCGGACUGCUAUUGAGGAUGGAGACUACCUGCGAGCUGUAACGUUUCUCGACACGUUGGAAUUUUCAUCAGAAACGGAGGCCAUGUGGAGGACACUCGCUGAUUUGUCUCUGAAAGCAAGGCAGCUACAUAUUGCUGAAAGAUGCUAUGCAGCAAUCGGUGAUGUUGCACGAGGUCGCUACCUUCGUGAGGUAAACAAGAUUGCGAAUUAUGUUGCUGCUGAAACUGGUCGAGAUGGCACUGACAAUUUCAUGGUGAGAGCCAAGUUGGCAAUUCUAAACAAGGAAUUCAAACUGGCCGAGAGUAUCUACUUGGAACAAGGCCACAUCAAUGAGGCAAUGGAAAUGUAUCAAGAACUGCACAUGUGGGACGAGUCCAUUGCAGUAGCAGAAGCAGCCGGCCAUCCAGAGUUGGAUACAUUGAAGACAAGCUACUAUCAGCAUCUAAUGGACACAAAUCAGGAGGAAAAAGCAGGAGAGUUGCGUGAGAAGCAAGCGGACCCUAUGGGAGCAAUCAACUUGUACAUGAAGGCAGGUUUGCCUGCUAGGGCUGCUCGAGUUGCACUUGAAAAUAGUGAUAUGAUGGGAGUGAACGAUGUCAUGGAACGUAUUGCUGCUGCUUUGAUGAAGGGUGGACUAUAUGAGAAGGCUGGUGAGAUGUUUGAGAAGUUACGGAUGCAUCAGAAAGCUCUUGAGGCUUACAGGAAAGGAAGGAUUUUCCGACGUGCUAGAGAUCUGUCUCGAACAAAUUUUCCUAAUGAGGUAGUUGGUCUCGAAGAAGAAUGGGGAGAUCAUUUGGUGUCUCAGAAGCAGUGGGACAAGGCUAUAGAGCAUUUCAUAGAAGCAGGGCGGUCUGUGAAGGCUAUAGAUGCAGCCAUUCAGUCUAAACAGUGGAAGAAGGCUGUACAGAUUGUUGAGACGCAGGAAGAUUCAGUUGCAGUUAGAUAUUUUCGGCAAAUUGGACAACAUUUUGCAUCAAACAAGCAGUACCAGGAUGCAGAAAAAUAUUUUGUGAAAGCAGGCACACCGAAAGAUGCAGUGGACAUGUACAUUGCAAUCAAUAUGUGGGAACAAGCACACAAGCUUGCUGUUACUUGCAUGAAAGCAGAAGAUGUUGCUACAUUGUACAUCUCACAAGCACAACACAUGGAAUCAGAAGGCAAAUACAGAGAGGCUGAAAGGCUUUAUGUCAUUGUCAAUGAGCCUGAUUUGGCAAUAACUAUGUACAAGAAAAUUAAGCAGCAUGACAAUAUGAUCAGACUCGUAGGCAUACAUCACAACGAACUUCUGGCAGACACACAUCUUCACCUGGCAAAGGAGAUGGAGGCAGAAGGGCAGCAUCGACAGGCAGAGCAACAUUACUGUGCUGCAGGAGACUGGAGGGCAGCAGUCAAUUUGUAUAGAGUUGCUGAUAUGUGGGAAGAAUCAUAUCGGGUUGCAAAGCAACAUGGUGGUGCUAAUGCAGCUAAACAAGUUGCAUAUUUAUGGGCCAAAAGUCUUGGUGGAGACUCGGCUGUCAGACUUCUUACCAAAUUUGGUUUAUUGGAUGCAGCAGUUGACUAUGCUGCUGACAAUUGCUCAUUCGACUUUGCCUUUGAAUUGGCGAGGGCAGCUCUGAGGACCAAGUUGCCUGAAAUUCAUCUGAAAUAUGCAAUGUAUCUUGAAGAUGAGGGCAAAUUUACUGAGGCUGAGACUGAGUUUAUUAAAGCAAACAAACCUAAAGAAGCUGUUUUGAUGUAUGUUCAUAGUCAAGACUGGAGCAGUGCACAAAGAGUGGCUGAAGAGUAUGAUCCUUCCAGUGUGCCAGAUGUGCUUGUUGGACAGGCUAGAGUGGCAUUUGAACAAAAGGAUUACCAAGCAGCUGAGUCUUUUCUACUACGAGCUCACAGACCAGAACUAGCAGUGAAAUUUUAUAAGGAAGCUACUAUGUGGACGGAUGCUAUUAGAGUAGCAAGGGAAUACGUUCCAAACAAGCUCCCACAAUUACAGAAAGAAUACGAGAUUUACAUGAACAGCUCGAAGGGAAUUAAAAGCAAGGAUGACUUACUAUCACCAGCCAAGACUUGGGAACAGAGUGGUGAUUAUCAUCGAGCAAUUGAUGCCUAUCUGAAGAUUACCGUACAGCAAAAUUCAGAUUAUGACUUUUUAGUCAACUGCUGGGAAAAGGCUGUGGAACUUGCUAUGAAAUUUGUUCCUGAGCGCACAAAUGUUGUGGUUGGGACAGUUUGUGAGAGGCUGGUGGCUAUAGAGCGUUUUGAACAGGCUGCUGACUUGUACCUUGGAGUGGAAAUGGUGAAAGAAGCAUUGGAUUUUCUUAUGCAAGGUGGUCUAUGGGAUCGAGCAAAGCGUACUGCUGCUCAGAUGGCACCACAAUAUGCAGAGUAUGUGUCAAAGAAGUACAAGGAAUAUCUCUCUAACAAAGGAGGAGCUGAUGCUGCAGCGACGUUGGUUGGUGAGGAUCCUAUUGCAGGUCUGGACAUGCUGGCUCAUCAAGGUCAGUGGGAUCAGUGCAUCGCAAUGGCUCAAAAGCAGGGCUCUAGCGUACUGAACAAGUAUGUGGCUAUGUAUGCCACCCAUUGCAUCAAAUCUGAAAAACCAAUUGAAGCUCUUCAGUUGUUUUCAAAGUACGGUGCUCCUCCGUCUCCACAGAAUUUCAAUAUAUACAAGCGACUAGCUCUUGAUCUCUUUUGUCUGACUUCUGCACCUUACAAAGUGUGGGCUGAUUUCAGGGAUAUGCUGUUGAAUCUGACCGAGUCUGUUGCUGAAACACCUGCUGCCGACACGGCUGUUGCUCAAGAACUUGAAGAGUAUCUUUUGAUUGCACAUUAUUAUGCUGUUCGGUCAGCAUGCCAUGGGAAAAAGUCAUUGGAGCAGAUUGCUGUGAAGCUGACUAUCUCUCUUCUUCGUCAUUCAGACGUUGUUCCUGUGGAUAAGGCAUUUUAUGAAGCAGGGAUAGCAGCAAAGACGGGCGGUCAAGAUAAUAUGGCAUUUGUAUUUCUCAAUCGUUUUCUUGAUCUGUGUGAUGCGAUUGAAGAGGGGAGCUUGGAUUCUAUGGAUAACAGUGAUCUUAUGGACACAGACAUACCAUUUGAAGUUCCUCUUCCUGAGAAACAUUUCAUAUCAGAGGACAAACGAGAAGAAAUUAAGGAAUGGGUGUUAGCAGUAUCCGUUGAUCAGCAGAUUGAGCAGUCUCUGACAGUGGAUGAGAGGGACACGUACGAGGCAGCACUUGUUGAUUCUCACACUAAAGUUCGAUCUCUUCCUUGCGUUAUAUCUGGCUAUCCUGUACUUCGUAGCAAGAUUGAGUUUAGAAGACGUGAACGAGCUGCUUCAAAAGAGGAUUGGAAUAAGUUUGUCAUGUCUUCCAAGGUACCGAAUAGCAGUGAAUGCCAAGAUGUGCUCAGAUUCUUAGGACGUUGGUGUGGAGCACCACAAAACCCGUCUUAUUCGUUUCAGCUUCCAUGGUGCUAAUUAAGUUGUCAUUCGUCUGUGA